AACCCAAGUACAUUUUGUCAUGGAUGCUCUCGAUACCAAAAAGACCGAUAUGGUUGAUGCUGUGAAUGAUGGCCUCGAGGACCUGGCCACUGGGUCGCUGGAAGAAACCCGGAGCUACACGCCUCGAACUUUUUACCGGAGCGUGCUGUUCCAAAUGGUGCUAUUUGGGAUGCUGUCCUUGGUCGGUCCUGCUAUGUCUGAUGCCAUAUCUAAUCUAGGGGGGGGUGGAUUGUCUAAACCAUGGCUGGGAAAUCUUGCAAACUCGAUGAGUUACGCUUGCAGCUUCCUCAGUACCAUUUUUGGAGGACCUCUCAUCAAUAAGAUUGGAAUCAAGUGGGCUUGCUUGAUUGCAGCUCUUUCAAUCCCGCUAGACGGAUCUUCGUACUAUGUCAGCGCUAGAUUUGGUGGUGAUGGGUACCUCCUGGCAGCCAGCGUUAUUAAAGGUCUCGCAUCUGGUUUCCUCUACGUGGGAGAGACUACGGCUAUGUUGACCUACCCAAACCCCGAAGACAGGCGGUUCUACCUCAGUAAGAAUAUAAGAUAUGUAUUAGACUACUAAUCUCCUAAUAAGAUUAGAUGGGAAGAAUAUAUAGGAUUAUAUAGAGAAUACUUUCUCCUGCU